AUGCCCUCUGAGUCGACAAAAUAUAGAGGUUACUGUCAUUGUGGGGGAUUUCGCUUCGAACUAACCGUCCCUGAAAUCAAGUCGGCCACCGCAUGCGAUUGUCGUCUUUGCAAGAAGAAGGGAUAUAUCUGGACUGUGCCGCCCAAAGGGAGUUACAAGGUAGUGCGAGACGAUGGCCUCUUGCAGACGUACGAGUCCGCUUCCUUGAGGCACCAGUUCUGCGGCAGGUGCUCUACUGGUAUUUCGGGUGAACAUGUCGCUGGGCCGACAAAGGGUCAGAUGGCAAUAAACCUGCUUGCUGUCCGUGAAGUCAACCCAUUUCAACUAGAGUAUGCUUUGCCCCCGAUCUGCAUGAUUGCCGAAACUACACACGCCCUCGAACCACGGCAGGAUUCCCCCUCUGAGCGCAAAACACACCAUCUCUUCUCCUGCCACUGCGGCCGAGUCCAAGCCCAACUACUCACCCCGCUAUCCGAACGACAAGUAAAGCAGGACAACUGCAGUUCCUGCAUCAGGAAAGCCUACAUUGGCGUAUACCCCGAUAAAGACCAAGUUCGCAUCCACGGGAGAGAAUACACCAAAGCAUACAUGUACGGUAAAAAGUACGGAGCAGACCAUUUCUGCGCAACUUGCGGCGUGUUUGUGUUUGCGACCGUCAUUGGACCACCACUGAGUGUAUUCGACAACGUGCCGCCCGAGAGAAAAGAAUUCGUCAUGUCGGUGUAUCGCAAGAACAUCAACCUGUUGCCAUUGAAUAUGCGCUGUGUGGAGGGACUGGAUAUUGCCUCUCUCAAUAUCGACAAGACCGACUACGGCGCAGAGGACUACGAGCUGCCCGAUGAAGGCGAUGUGACUGGGUAA